AUGACACCCAUCCUAUUCGCCUUUUCCUCAGCAUUCACUUUAGGACUUACAGGUUUAGUAUUUCAUCGAGUACACCUUCUUUCAGCACUCCUAUGUCUUGAGGGCAUGAUACUUUCCCUGUACAUUGCUCUCUCCACCUGAUCCCUCGGAAUGGGUUCCGCUAGUUCUUCUGCCCUUCCCCUAUUCCUUCUGGCUAUUUCAGCCUGUGAAGCAGGAGCAGGACUUGCCAUUUUAGUAGCUACCGCCCGUACACACGGGACUGACCGGCUACAAAGCCUCAACCUCUUACAAUGCUAA